CAGUUUGGAAAUUGCUCUCGGUUGCCUCUGAUUGGUCCAAGGACUUCCCGGCUUCCCUUCCCCGCUUGCUUCAUUCGAUGACGUCAGUUCCAACCGGCGUUGCGAGUGAGGGCAAGAUACCGGUGCUGAAGAAAGUUCUCGAAAAGCAGGGCUGAGUAGCCGAGCGAGCGAGCUCCUUUCUUGUCGUAUCGAAGCGUGUCGCUAGCACAGUUCCGCCAGUGCGCCGAAAAGUCUCUCAGCGGCCCAGCCAUGUCCGUGAUCGGGUUCGACUUCGGCAAUGAGAACUGCUACAUCGCGGUGGCUCGCGCCGGAGGCAUCGAGACCAUCGCCAACGAGUACAGCCAGCGGGUGACGCCGUCGUAUGUGGCGUUCGGCGACAAGACCCGGGACCUGGGCGUCUCGGCCAAGAACAAGCAGGUGACGAACCUGAAAAACACCAUCUUCGGGUUCAAGCGGCUGCAGGGCCGCAAGAUCCACGACCCACAGGUCAAGCACGAGUCGACGUUCCUGCCCUACACGCUGGUGGACUUGGGCGGCGGGCGCGUGGGCGUCAAGGUCCGCUACCUGGAAGAGGAUCAGACGUUCUCGGUGGCCCAGGUGACGGCCAUGCUGUUCACCAAGCUCAAGGAGGUGGCCGAGACUGCUCUGCGGAUCAAGGUGAACGACUGCGUGGUGUCGGUGCCGCACUUCUUCACGGACGCCGAGCGGCGCGCCCUCCUAGACGCCACCCAGAUCGCGGGCCUCAACUGCCUGCGCCUGAUGAACGAGACGACGGCCGUGGCGCUCAGCUUCGGCUUCUACAAGAACGACCUCCCCGAGGACAAACCGCGCGUGGUGGCCUUCGUGGACAUGGGCCACUCGGCGCUCCAGGUGGCGCUGGUGGCCUUCAACAAGGACCGGCUCAAGAUGCUGGCCACCACCUUCGAUGGAGUUGGGGGCCGCGACUUUGACAUGGUGCUGGUGCGCUACUUCGUCCAGGAGUUCAAGGAGCGCUACAAGCUGGACGUGGCCACCAACCGGCGUGCCCUCAUGCGCCUCAUCACCGAGUGCGAGAAGCUCAAGAAGCAGAUGAGUGCCAACCCGCACGACCUGCCGCUCAACAUCGAGUGCUUCAUGAACGACCGGGACGUUGCGGGCAAGAUGAAGCGGGAGACCUUCGAGGCCAUGUCCGCCGAGCUGCUAGCUCGUGCCGAGCGCACCAUGGCAAAGGCGCUGACAGAGGCCGGGCUGCGGCCGACGGACGUAGAGUCCGUGGAGCUGGUCGGGGGCGGCACCCGGGUGCCGGCAGUCAAGCAGCUGGUCCGCAAGGUGUUCCAACGGGAGCCCUCGACGACACUGAACCAGGAUGAGGCGGUGGCCCGGGGCUGCGCCCUGCAGUGUGCCAUGCUGUCGCCCAUCUUCAAGGUGCGGGACUUUGCGGUUGUGGACGCCCAGCCCUACCCCAUCGAGCUGUGCUACGACCCGGGCAAGGGAGAGGAUGGCCGGGCAGAAGUGUUCCCUCGCUGGCACCAGCUGCCCUUCAGCAAGAUGCUCACCUUCUACCGGAGCAAGCCCUUCAACCUCGAGGCCAGGUACCCGAAGGAGGCUGCGGUGCCCCACCCGGACCUGCAGCUGGGCAGCUUCACGGUGGACAAGGUUGUCCCCGCGGCCGAGGGCGAGGCGUCCAAGAUCAAGGUGAAAGUGCGCCUCAACCUGCACGGCAUUUUCUCUGUGGUGUCCGCCUCGGCCGUGGACCGCAAGCCCGACGGUCGACAGGCAAGUGCCGGGUGUGCAAACGGUGGCGACCUAGCGGCGGCGGGGGCGGCGAGUAACGAAGAGGCACCCCCAACCGAGGGAGGAGACCCCGACAAGGUGGCCGAGGGCGAGCCAGUCAAGAAGGAGGAGCGGCCCAGCCCAAAAGAGAAGCAGGCCAAGGCCAUAGAGCUUCCGGUGGAGGCCCGGGUGCCGCAGCUGAGCGCCUCUGAGCUGGACCAGCUUGUGGAGCGCGAGGUCCAAAUGGUGCACACGGACCGCAUGGAAAAGGAGCGGGUGGAUGCCAAGAAUGCGGUGGAGGAGUACGUGUACGAGAUGCGGGACCACCUGUCGGACCGCUACCAGCCGUUCGUGGUGCCCUCCGAAAGGGAGGCCUUCCUGGCAGCCCUCAACGAGACAGAGUCGUGGCUGUACGCCGACGGCGAGGAGGUGGCCAAGGGCCAGUACAUCGAGAAGCUGGAGAGCCUGCGCAAGUUCGGCCAGCCCAUCAGGGCGCGCUGUCGUGAGUUCGAGGAGCGCCCCCUGGCGGUGGAGGCGAUGGGGGCCAGCCUCCAGAGGGCGCGCAAGGCGCUGGCAGAGGCGGGGCCCCGCGCGCAGGAGGAGGCCUUCAAGGCACUCGCAAAGGGGGUGGAGGAACGCCAGGCGUGGUUCGACAACGCCAUGGGCGCUCUCUCCAAGGCGCCCCAGCACGUGGACCCCCCGGUGCUGGCGUCGCGGUUCCGGGAGGAGGCGCAGGCGCUGGAUGCCCUGCUGGCCACCACGAGCAGAUCCAAGCCGGAGCCGCAGGCCUCAUCCCAGGGCAGUCCGCAGCAGCCGCCGACCACCGAGCCUCCCACGCCCUCGGAGUCGGAGUCGAUUGAGUCCGAAGAGCACACGGACAAGAUGGACUUAGACUGAGGACCUCCCCCGACGACUCCGCACGCUGUAUAUAUACCUGCCUGUUUCUUUUGAACUGCCUAGCCCCACUCCCGAGGGGACCACUCUUUGUGCACUCUGGCGCCUAAUAAAUGUCUGGAUUGGAGUCGCAUUCCCUCUUUGGGGGUUGCUCCCGUCGA